AUGAGCAAUCGCAAGAGAUCGCGGUCUUUCGGGGAGGAGAACCGCGCUAAAUGCCCUUUUACAAUUUCUUACGCGACUGGCCCUUCGGCCACUCAGCAGGAACACCACAAAAACAAGAAGCGGAAGCGCGAUGGUCAAGAUGACGACAAACGGGUUCAGAUUCAAAUCUCUCCCUUCUCCCCAACGGGCAGCUUCAAAACUCACGACACUAUGGAUCUAUACUACACCGUUGAACCCGGGAAACAGUGGCACGAUAUGACGCGCUACAAUAGCUUCGUCCUCAAUAGUAAGAAAUAUUAUAAAGAAGACUUCAUGCGGGUUGCCAACGAGCGAACCAUUGAACUACAAAAAGCUGAAGGUGGCAGCAAAGCUAUUCGCAAGGCGAGUAAUGAUUACUGGGUCGCGCGCAUCCUCGAGAUUCGUGCCUCCGAUGAGCGUCACGUCUAUGCACGCGUCUACUGGAUGUACUGGCCUUACGAACUCCCUGCAGGAACCAUUUACGGCAAAAAGAAGGUUCAAGGUUGUCAGCCGUACCAUGGCGCUAACGAACUAAUUGCUUCCAACCACAUGGAUAUUAUCGAUGUUGUCAGUGUAACAGGACCCGUUACCGUCAACCAAUGGAUAGAGUCCGAUGACGAGGAGAUUCAAGACGCGCUUUAUUGGCGUCAAGCGUACGACUGCCGUAACUCGCAACUUUCAUGGAUGCAUCACGAAUGUCUGGUUCACGGCAUCCUUAUGCAAGUCUACGAACGACUGGGAACAGAUAAGCCGCAUCGAAGCGAGGGAUUAGUUGUUAAGGAAGAGAAUCCUGAGGAAGCGAUCCGUCCGCUAUCGCCCACUGACGCCGAGGAGAAGGAGACCCGGCCAACGACCAAUGUUCGUCCCGGCGAGACGAAUGAUAAUGUACACGUCAAAAAGGCUGCUCCCGAGACCCUUCAUGAGACAGAAACCCCAACACCUGGACAAACGCCAUCCAGAUCUAUCGCCACCGCAUCAGCUAAAGGAUCAGCCAAGAAGGGCUACAAGAAGAAGACUGGAUACUCCAAGCCAUAUCUGGGACUUUUCGAGGCCACUCUCAAGAUGCAAGACGGCCCUACAGCAUGGGAGAUUCGCGACUUGCGUGAAAACGUAACAGGUGGCGAUAAGACCUGGACUGAGAAGGCUCACUGUCUGCUAUGCGGUUCCACUAUUGACUGA